AUGAAGAACAAACAGGUGACUAUUUUGUUAUUCGGAUUUUUAAUAAGUUCGUGGGAAAAUACAUUGGCGAUUGAACCUGUUAGUGUUACGAAAACCUUUGUAUCGAGUCAAGCGCUCUUUGCUAAUCCUGAACGAGGAUGGAUUACACAUCGAUUUUCUAAUGAUCUCUAUGGAAUUAAUUCUCUAAGAAAUAGUGCCGAAAAAUUAUCAUUAGUUCUUAUAAAAAUCGAUAUCUCAGCUUAUAAGAAUAGUUCACAUAUUGGACAGACGAAACUCAAUGAAAUUCGAACAGCACUUAAUAGUUGUCGUCAACAAGGAUUAAAAGUUAUAAUGCGAUCAGCCUAUGCUUGGGAUUCUGUUCUUGCUCCAGAACCAAAAAACAUUGAAACUGUUAAAACUCAUAUUAUGGAUAUGAAACCAAUUUAUUAUGAAUAUGAAGAUAUUAUUAUCGCUGUUGAGAUGGGUAUGUUUGGACCAUGGGGCGAAAUGCAUUCAUCAUAUUUUAGUACUACUAAUACACAAUUCUAUUAUCCCAUUAAGACCACUGCACUGAUACAAGUUCAUGCUACAUACAUGGAUGCAUUACCAAUUACACGUUCAGUACUUGUUCGUACACCAUAUUAUAUUCGUCAAAUAUUUAGUAGUGAUAAACCUAUUGAACCUAUCGAAGCUUCUAACAACACGGCAAAAGCACGUACCGGUUAUCACAAUGAUGCUUACCUUGCCAGCAGCGAUGAUGCAGGCACCUUUUCAUACGGAUGGUCACGAGCUAAAGAACUCGCUUAUAUUAAUCAAAUGACUCGUUAUGCUUUUUUUGGUGGUGAAUCAUUUGGUACACCAAAUAGUAAAUACAAUAAUGCUCAAAAUGCCAUGUUAGAAUCCAAACAACAACAUAUGACAUAUCUUCAUCGCGAUUAUUACACACCCAUUUAUAAUGCAUGGGGUACUUCAGUGAAAGACGAUUUUACACGAAAACUUGGCUAUCGUUUUGAAUUAAAAACUCUUUCUUAUUCAAAAGAAGUUGCACCCGGCGGACUUUUAGCUUUUUCUCUCAAAGUACAAAAUACUGGCUUUUCAGCAAUGCAUUUAACUAGACCUGUUAUUCUCAUCCUUGAUAAUGGCAAAACAGGUAGUGCACGUAUUAGAUAUCAAACGAUUCUUACUGUCGAUCCUCGAAGCUGGCCACCUGAAGUUAAUAGUACAAGUAUUGAUCGAAAACUUCGUAUUCCAGCGAAUAUCAUUCAAGGAGUUUGGCAAUUACUUUUAACUUUACCUGAUAGUAAUACAUAUUUGCAAAGUGAUGUACGUUAUACAGUUCAAUUUGCUAAUGAAAAUAUCUGGAAUACUGAUGGAACACUUGUAUUAACUAAUGAUAUUUCUAUCACAAGUUCAGCUCAAGGUUCACGGACUACAGACAACAUAUUUCAAGAGAUUUAG